AUGGACCCGCCUUCACAGCGCGGCGCCGUCUUCCUGUUCCCAGACCCGUACAAGCCUGGCGGGAUGGCGGUGGGCAGCGGGUGCCGCCCGAUGGAAUCGGGGUCCUACCAGGAAUUUCUGAAGAACCCCCUCAACCAUCCGAUUUACACCCAUCUACCCGAACCACUGCGGCACCUACGGGCAGCCAGGGAAUAUGAACAGCCCGCCAUGCAGAAGACACCCCAAAUGCUGCCCUCCAACUUCUACCCGGGCUUCUUCCCCACCUACCCGAUGCAGCCGCAGCUCCAAAGCCCUGAGCAGCUACAACUCUUCUGGGCCCACGUCAGCCACCAGUUCCAACACCAGUUCCACCCCUACGUCGCCCAACAGCAGGCCGUAUACCAGGCUGCGCUCCAGCCGCAGCCGGCUAGCGUAUCGUACGUUAGCCCGGUUCCGGUCGUUGAGCAGCAACAGCCCUCCUCCUUCCACCAGACGACCCCGGCCACCAGCCAGGCCAGCGAAGAUGAUUGGUCAAAAGCCUCGUGCAGUGGGGAGGAGCCGCUGCCGGAUAUGCCCAGGCUCGACAAGUCGAUACAGCCACCUUCCGAUGUCGAAGACGAGGACGACUUUGACGGGUACGAAUGGCUGCGCGAGCACUUCCGGACUCGCCACGCCAAGGGCGCCGCCACCUACAAGUGUAUUGUGGAUGGGUGCCGCGGGCGAUUUGUCACCAAUCGACAGCUCGAAGACCACGUGCGCACUGGCCACAUCCAGGCGGCGGCCAACCGGAAAGAACGGAAACCGGGUGACAUCUACCGACCACAGCCGCUUCGUCGCGCUCAACCGGAAGGUGAUCGCCGCAGGACCCGGGGCCCGGAUUGGUUUUGUCUCGAAAAGACGGGUAGUGGAGCGGCGUGGAGAAAGCGAAGAAUUGACGCUUCGGUCCGUUGUGCUACUAUCGUCAUUCCGGAGGUGUUGAUGAUCAAGGAGACCUCUACAAAUACUCCUACCAUCGAGACGACCGAUUUUUCGGCCAAGCCCAGCAAGCAGGAGCUUCGCGCCGCGCUGGCCAAGAUUCAGGACGCCAGCCAGCGACUUUUGCCCUCAUCCACACUCUCCGCGCUCUUCCCAGCACCCAGUCAU